AACACCCCACUUCACACUAUUCCUGCUGCCGGAGUCGCCCUCCUGCAGGCCGACAUGAAUGGAGGGCUCGCGAGGGCAUCUCGAAGGCUUCCCCGCACUAGGAACCAAUUUCUCUAGAAAACAAGUAGCAACAGGACAAAAACUGGUCUGUGAAGCUUUAGCUGCGGGUUCGAGAGCUUGGCCAAAGGCAGCAUGACGGAGCUGCACGAAGCGGUGGCUUUGGGUAAAUACGAUUUAGUGGAAGAAAUCCUCCAGAGGGAGCUCGCGGACCCAAAUUGCAAAGAUGCGGACUGGAGCGACCGGACGCCCCUCCACUGGGCGGCAGCAAACGGCCACUCAAAGAUAGUAAAGCUGCUUGUGGAACAUGGUGCUCGCCUGGCUUUACGAACUGAGGCAGGUUGGACUCCAGUUCAUUUUGCUGCAGAAUCGGGGCAACUGGGUGUGUUGAGAACACUGCACUCCUUGCAUGCACCAAUGGAUGCCCCAGAUCUCUAUGGAGAUGUCCCAAGAAGACUUGCAGAAAUCUAUGGGCACAAAGCCUGCGUCAAAUUCUUGGAAAUAGCUGAAAUAGAAUACAGGGCAUAUUGCCAGAUGGCAAAAUCAAAGGGAAUCCAACUGGAUGAGAAGGAUGAUGCUUGGGAGCUUAAGAAGGAAGAACUUUUGAAAAGCAAACCCUUCUCUCCAAAGAAACAUUUGAAACACAAGAUGCACAGAAAGGAUGGUGUGCCUUCAAGAAAACAGUAAAAAGAAUGGUAUAUUCCAGAUAAGCUAGACAAGAAGGUCUCAUCUACCUUAACUGUGUAGUCAUUGCAAUUCAUUUCAUUUACUAUUUUUCUUACUUUGAACUAGUUAGUCACCAUCUCAGUUUAAGAAAUUUUUAAAAACAUAUAUGAAAAAUGCUAUUUUUAUAUGCGUUUUGCCUGGUAAACUACUUUUGCACACUUGUACAAUAUAUUCAUAUUUUUAAGAUUUCCUCUAAUAAAGUUUUGUGCUUUAUGACAACA